GCUCUUCCCGUAACUCAGUGUUGAGGUAGACGUUGCUGUGAGGGGAGUGAGCGAGCCGGUCCUCCAGGAUUCUCAAGUUCACGCGAAUAAGGAUGGAUUCCAUAGAGGGAAACAUAAGAUUGCUCCUGCAGGGGAAGGAAGUAGAGGAGUCCCAAGAUUUCUGUGACUUCACGCUGCAAGACCAGAACGAGGUGACAGCAGCGAAAGGUGUUGCGGUGUCCACGCCGGGGGACUUCACGCCGGAGCUGCGAGAGAACGUGUGCUUCAUCGUGGCUGCCGUGCUGCUCAAUAGCGAGGGACACGUGCUCAUGAUGCAGGAGGCAAAGAGCUCCUGUGCGGGGAAGUGGUACCUGCCGGCGGGGCGCAUGGAGGCGGGGGAGACCAUCGUGGAGGCGGCGAAGAGGGAGGUGCUGGAGGAGACCGGCAUGGAGGCUGACAUCACAACACUUCUGAUGGUGGAGUCCGCUGCUGGUUCGUGGUUCAGGUUCGUCGUCACAGGCAACGUGUUAGGCGGCACUUUGAAGACACCAGCCUGUGCGGACAAGGAGUCACUGCAGGCAAAGUGGGUGGACAACCUCGGGGAGCUGAGUCUGCGGGGCAAUGACAUCUACCCUCUGAUCCACCGAGCCAAGCAAUACUGGGAGCGGCAGGAGGACGUGGAGCCGUGGCAUCCUGCACUCAUGCCCGUGGACAAGCCGCACACCAAGCUGCUCCUCAGGCUGGUCAUCGCCAUCAGGAAGAGAGUCAAUAACCGGGUAUGUGUCCUGACCAGUGACAAGACAGCCACACAUCUUCCAGUCACUGAGAUCAAUCCCGUGAGGUCUCUACACUCUACACUCAGGAAAUAUAUGACGGAAAUUUUUGGGUCCGACUUGCCACCACACCGGCCACAGGGGAUCUUGAGCACAGAACUGAAGACGAGCGAUCCAAGUGGCACUCACGAUGGGGCAUGCCUCACCCUACUGGUGCCCAUCCGCAAGGCACUGGAGGAGGUGCCACUCAUAGACAAGUACUCAUGGGUGGAGCUGCCAAAACAACUUGGAGAAGAGCUGCUCAGCCGCAUGGCCAAAAACAUGAUUGUGCCAUUGAAUGUGAUACGAGUGUCAACACUAAUCAAUUGAGUUUGGUGGUGCCAUCCGCUCCUCCCAUCACCACCUAGCCGCGGUCAGUCCCUGAGUCUGCCUGACUUCUUGUGCCUGUUAUGAUCACAUUCCAUUUGCCUCACCACUCUCAUUGCAGAUGUAUGCUCCUUGUUGGUGAAGCACUCUAGUAAUAUGCCCAUCCAUCCAUUAACUCAUAAUUCACUGGUAGGGAUAAAAUGUGUCCUUUUCCUUUCUAUCACUACCAUCUUCUGUUUACUGUCUUUUCAUUUCCAUUGACUGAAAGACUAGUGGCAGUGAAUGAGGUCGAGGUGGUGGUGGUGGUGGUGGUGCUAGUAGUGGUGGGUUGAGUGGACACCGUAGAAAGCAUGUUGGAGCAUGUCUCUACACGGAAGGUGAUUGACCAAUGAUGCACCUACACGUAGUAUGUUGAAAACAGUUUGUAACAUCUUAUAGAGCAGGCAGUCUGUGUGUGCUCAGCUCCCCAGCACUCAUUCCAUCUCCCCAGGUACUUGGAUCUGGUGUGUUGAUUAUGGAUCCUUAUGAACCUUAUUACUAAAGUGUUGUAGUUUGUGUUUGUGUUAAAUACCUGUCUUGACCCAUCUUUUUUCAAGAAACACACACACACACAAACACACACACACAAACACACACACACACACACACACACACACACACACACACACACACACACACACACACACACACACACACACACACACACACACACACACACACUGGCCUUUGCUAAUUAUGCAUCAGACUGCCCAUGUUUUUUUUUUCUAUAUUUCAUUGUUAUAUAAAUUAGUUUGGAAUGCAUAAUUCUCUAACAAGAUUUCCAGCCAUGCUUAUAGUAGUAUUUGGUAUUUGCUGUAACUAUAAUCCCUAAUUUGCAUUUAUGUUGAGUUGAAUAUGUUGUAAUGUUAACAUCUUUGCACAGAAUGACUAAAAUGUUGCUACUGAUACUUUAAAGAAUGUAGAGCAUGUCUUUUUAAUUAGCUUGACUGCAUAACUAAAAAGAGCAACAGAAAUGUGGUAAUUGUCACCCAGACCAGCAAUUCAUGUUGAAUUAUUUACUUUCAGCUACUGGGAAUCAUUUGCUUAAAUAGGAGUCAAGUAAGGGAGGAAAUAAGUAAGUAAAAAUUACUGGUAUUUAUAAUGAGUUUUUGGUCAGCUAGUGGUUAGCUUAUGCUGUAUUUAGAAUGCAUCUGUGAGACUAUAUUGUUUGUAAGAAAGUAUGAAUAAUGUUCAUUAGGAUAUUCCAUGCCCAGGAAACAUAUAGCCAUUAAUGGUGAGUGAGAUAAGAUUGUGCUCACAACAAAUGUAAGAUUCUGUUGUAUGUAUGAAAUAGUAUGAACUAAUGUUACUGUAUUACAAUGAUCUAUCUAAAUUUAUCCAGAAGGGAUUAUUCUCAUAAAUUAGACAAAUAAAAAAAGUAUUUAUGGUAAUUUAUAGUUGACUUCAAUUUCAUUAAGAAGAAUCUGUAAUAUAGAUAUUAAUGGUAUGAUCUAUUUACUACCUUGUUAUCUCCAGCCAUUGUGCCAGUGCCUUAUAAAGGAUGUCAUUGUUGUUAACCUUGUUGAUGGUUUUUUAAGGUUUUUAAUGGAUGUCCAAGGCAAUAAUAUAAACAAAAUAUUUUCA